AUGUUGUUUCAUCUUUAUGUAUUUACGCAAUUUGUUUUUUUUGUUUUUUCACAAUGUAAUUUUAAUACUUCAUAUACAUGUACAGGUCUCUUACAAGGUCAAUAUUGUGGUGGAUAUUCUGGCAUGACUGGAUGUGAUUCUACAAAUGUUUAUGAAUAUAGUUCUCAAGGUCAAGUCUAUAAUUAUGGUUAUAGAGAUUCUUGUGCACAAUGUGGAGGAUUAAUAUGUCCUUCCCAAUCUCAAAAUAAAACUAAUAAUCCAAUUUCAA